AUGCAGGUCGAGGGCGUGACUGCAGAGGGAGAAGUUGCAGCGUUCGCAUCUCGCAAGAGACCCAUCCUGACUGGUCACGUCAGGAAGCUCGGUAUCCAAAAGGCAAGUGAUGCCAAUUUGCGACCGUCGAGCAACUUGCGUGGCAGUCGCAUCAAUCAUGGCCUAGGCACGGGCGCAUUUCAGUCUGGCUCUGCAGGCCGUGCAAAUGUCUCUGCGACCCUCGAGGAAGCCAAGACGAGGACGCUCAAGAUCACGCGGAAGAGCUCGUUUGCAUUCUAUUUGCGCAAAGGUGUUACGAGCUUCAGAGACGAGGGCGUCGUCGUCGUGCAGCUGCAUGCCUUGGGCGCCGCGAUACCUAUGGCGCUCUCUCUCGCGCUCGCCAUUCCCGACGCGCUUCCCUGCGGCUCUGCGGGCCUCGAGACGCAGAUCAAGACAGGUUCGAUCGAAUUGCAGGACGAGAUCAUCCCGCCAGAUGACAGAGAGGAUCUUGACAUCCAGACGCAAACGCGAACAAAGUCGACCGUCGAAGUCACGAUGCGACUGAAGCAUAUUGCCGCCCAAGCUGUUCUCGACAGUGCACACCGCGCAAGAGGCCAUCAAGGCAUCUCGCGCAGCAGGUCGGGCCGAGGUAGGGGCGCAGCUCGGUAG